CGGAGCGGAGCCUUCCUUCUCUCCCUCAGUGCCGGAAAGCGCGAGUCAGGGGUUGUUGUUUUUUUGCGACGGGGAAGGCGGGUCGCUCGGACUUUGGAUGAGGAGGCGCUGCUUCGAUGGCUAGGCCUAGAAGCUGGGAUACACCAGAGAAAAAGCUGCAUGAAAUGAUGAACUUUUCCUGCUUAUUGGAGAACCAACUCAGAUCUCUGUAAUGUGAAUGUGCAAAGAAUGACCGAAAAUACCAAAUUUUCCCACAAUGGGGACUCUCUCCAGCAAAUGUAUGAUGAUAUGCUGGUAGAUGCCUUAUUUCUGAAAGAUAGUCAUAGUUGUGCAGCUCUUCUAAAUCCUCCUAUAUCACUGCAACAUUUGUCAUCAACAAAUAGAAUAUCACGGGCAAUGAGUCUGUUUUCUCCUAACACUGGUGCUCGGAACUCUUCUGAUCCAGCGUUUACAGCCCUCAAGACAGAUGAUGAGCCGGACACAUCUGAAAGUGUGAUUCGUUCAGUAUGCCAUUCACGAGAAAUUAUGCUGCUUCAGUUAACCUUGAUCAAGAUGAUGCUAUCCAAAAUACAAUCCCAAGGGGUGGCAGUUGAAUCAAAACAGAAAUAUGUAGAGAUUAUUAGAAUUCUUCUGAAAGAAGCCAACAUAGACUCAAAAUUAAUUCAUCUGUUACUUAUUUCUGAUAAACAGCUAUCUUAUCAGGCUUCCAAAGCUUUGGUCUUCCUUGUGCAUUUUCAACUAACAGAAGAGGGUUCCCUGAAUAGCGCCUGGUUUGCUUUUUGUUCAGAGGCUUUGUCUGGGUUUCCCAAGAGCAGUCAUGUAGCGGAAUGCCUGUGGACUCUUACAAACGUGAUCAGAGAAAUUUUAAAAGAUGAAGGAUUGUGCAAAGGAGGUGGGCUACAGAAGAUUCUUACUUCUCUUGACAAUGUGCUUGAAGACUUUUACAACCGCAUCCCAUCUUCUUAUUCUGAAAUUGCCCAAGAUAUCCCAGUAUCUGCAAAAGCCACAAAUGACUUGAGCAGCUUUCUGGACCUCCUUGAACUACUUGUGGCCUCCAGAACUCAGACACCACUGAACCUUGUCUGUCAAAGGAUGUUGCUUUUGAACGUUUCAUGUGUGUUGGGUCUUGUCACUUCACCCGUUCAUGAUUUAAUCAAGAAGAAAGCUAUCGUGCUGCUUAAGAAAUGCGUUCUUCACAAGGCUGGUGAAGACCUAAUCAAGGGAAACGUUCCUUCUUCCUCCCACCCCAACCUGCAUUUUGCCAAGGACAGAUUAGUGUUUGCUGAUGUUGUUCUGCAGUUUGUAGCUACUGGGUGGCUGAAUCGUUUCACCCUUAGUGAAAAGGCGAGCCACUAUGGAGGCAGUCAGGUGAAGCCAGAAGUGGGUAUCUGUUGCAAUCCUGCUCAAGUGACCCUAAGAGCCCUAAGCUUGGUUUUGCUUAAAGCUUUAGAGGUUAAGAUAACAGAUUCUGCAUCUGAAGCUGAAGCCCGAGUUCAUCUGGAGAGUAUUAUGCACCCGCUGCUGGCAUUCUUAAAGAGCCAUGUGUGGUCAUCUCACACAUCUGAACAUCCUUGCGCAUGGCUCUCUGCGCUGUUCAUAGAACAAGACGAUGACAUGUUGGAAGCUGCAAAAACUUUAUUAACAGUUCAUUUAAAGUUUGAAAGAAUGGCACACAUAAUAAAAUUCGUGAAUAGCUGGUUUUGGUGGGAGAACAUCUGGAUGCCUGCCAACUGUAGCUGGGCGAACUUUGAAGAUCAGAAUGGAUACGUCUUUCCGAAACCACGCCAGUUAUUGGUCACAAUUCCAUAUACAUUUGGGAUUUUGGCUAUUAGGUUCUUCGUUGAAAGGUGCAUUGCUGCUCCUCUAGCAAAUCUCAUGGGCAUAAAGAGUAUGAAGCGUGUCCGGCCCCAGAAGAAUCCCACGUUGGAAACUUUUUUCAAGACGUGCACAAAAAGACCAUCACAGUUGGAGAUACGUGGAUUAGCCAAAAAGUGUAACUGGACAGUGCACCUGGUGGAGAAAUGGUUCCGGCGGCGGCGAAAUCUAGAAAUCCCAACUAUGCACAAGAAAUUCCAGGAAGCUUGUUGGCGAUUUCUAUUCUACUUGACAUCAUGUAUUGCUGGAAUUGUAUUUCUCUAUGAUAAACCCUGGCUUUAUGAUAUUUGGCAGGUUUGGGCCAACUAUCCAUUCCAUUCUUUGCUGGCAUCCCAGUAUUGGUACUACAUCCUCCAGAUGAGUUUCUAUAGUUCCCUGUUGCUUACUCUUGGAUUUGACACCAAAAGGAAGGACUUUAAAGCCCAUGUGGUUCACCAUUUUGCUGCCCUUGCCUUGAUGUUCUGCUCCUGGUCUAGCAAUCACGUCCGCAUAGGAACGCUGGUCAUGCUCAUCCAUGACUGUGCGGAUUUCUGGCUGGAGGCAGCAAAGAUCUUCAAGUAUGCUCACUGGGAGAGAGCUUGCAGUUUCUUCUUUGUUAUCUUCUCCAUCGUAUUCUUCACCACACGAAUCAUUUUCUUCCCCUUUUGGAUUCUACGAGCCACAAUGAUUUACCCUCUAUAUUAUACACAGACAUUCGCCCUAGCAUAUAUCCUCUACAAUGGACCAUUAUUGAUCCUGCAAGGUCUGCAUCUGUACUGGGGCUACUUAGUUCUCAAAAUUUUGAAGAAAUUCAUCUUUAUAAAGAAUGUGAAAGAUGUAAGGAGCGAUGAAGAAGAAGAAGAUUCUUUCAGUGAUGUCGAAGAGGAGUGCACCAAAAAUGGAAGCAAGAAUGGAUUGAGCCACCCUCUCCUAAACAACAACAAUCAUUAGCGUGUUGCCAGCGCCUUCUCCUCAGGGUGCUGUUUGCUGCGCCUGAAACCCAUCCUACAGUAGAGAGCUUAGCGUCAACAUCUUAACUGGAGUCCAUGAUUGAUUUUAUUGCCGGCCAGUUGAGCUGGAAGAGAGCCCAGUUUCUUAAAAGAGCAAGAAUAAUUUGCUUAACUCGACAAAAUGUGUUUAAUGGGCCACUUUCUAACACACUGCAUACGGGUGCAUGGCAAUCCUGACCUUUUCAACUCUUGAGAAUUCUCAAGGAUCGCCAAACAGUCUUGGAGUGUCAUCAUUUCGAACUGAGCUGCUCACACACUUAGAAUUUGAUAAGCGCUUUAAACAGUUUUGCCGAGUCUCUAAUAAUGUUUUAACAUGGUUUCAUAAGUGUGGAGUUUUAUGUGAUGGAAGUUGUUGCCACCAGAUUUUUUUUCAGUAAGGCAUUAGGCCAUCUUUGUGGAGUUUCAAGCCUUUAUCGGUUGGUUGCUUACCUGAGAAUUGCUUCUAAUUCUCUCUUGGGAGGGUUAACCUUAGCAAGAGGCAGCGUGGACCACUCUACCAAGGUUCUUUGUGACAUUUCCCUCCAGAAUGAUGAUUGAUCGUUAAGCCACUCUGGGAAUUGUUGUUAAGUUGGUUUGUUACUCUAUGGUAGAAGCACAAGACAUUGUGGGAGGGCCCAGCAGCCACCCUCUGUGUGGGGAGCCUGAGAACAUAGGAAGCUGCCUUAGACUGAGUCAGGUCUAUCUUGCUCAGCAUUGUCUACACAAGCAGUUCUCCAGGGUUUCAGAUAGGAUUCUUGCCCGUUUUACCUAGAGAUGCCGGGUAUUGGACCUAGGGCCUUUUUCAUGUAAGGCAGAUGCCAUACCAUGGAGCUACAGCCCUUCUCUGCCCUGGAAGAUGGUCCAAAUGGCAUAUCUGGUGGCUUACCACACUGGCUGCAUGGAGAGCUGGGAGCUCCUGGUCCUAGCCCAGGUGGUUGCUGACAGCUCAGCACCACCUUCCUACCUCUUGAGUUAGAGAUUUCUUGCUGGGCCUCCAGCAGCCUUGUGCAAAUUGUGGGUGGCAGUGAUCCAAUGCAUAGAUCAUUCUGGAGUUGAAGGGCAUGGAAGGCCUUGGUUGGGCUGUAUUGCUUCUUUCUUAGCUCAGUUGUGCCAAGUGGGAAUUGUACUUUUUUAAGGAAAGCAGAUCAUUUGAUGAUGCCUUGAAGCCCUACAAAGAAUUCUUCUUCCUUUAUGUUUUUGUUACAUUGCUUUGCAGUGAAGUGUCCAUAGAAGCCUGCUGCUUUCUCUCUAAAAAAAAAAAAAAAUUAUCCUCCAAGAAACCAAGUAACACAUCUGGAGUCCAUGACUGCCUCUGUUUCAGGUU